CAGGUGAGAUGCAGGGAGCUCCAGCCCCGGGCUGACUGCAAGGCCCCACGCUCCCCUGAGGCAGGCAGGCCCAUGGACAGCCACCAGGCCUUGGGGUGUCCAUGACAGCCAGGCCUGCCCUGGGCCUGCAGGGCUGUGCCCCCCCACCAGCUCUCCCCACAGCGAGGGGGCACAGGGGGACUGUCCCCCCACCCCGAGGUGGGGGCAGAGGCCGUGCAAGCCACGAGGGCCAUGGUGAGGGGCGGGAGAUCCCAGCGAGGGUGUCAGCUGUAAAAAACCAUGAAUUUUAACGUCUGGAAUAUCAAGGAGAUGUUGAGCACGCCGACAGCCCCCGGGUCUAAUAAGUUCUUGAUCCGGAGCAGCGCUCCGAGUGACUACUCGAGUUUGAGCGACUCUCAGCUGCUCUUUGGCUCCCAGUUCUGCCCGGAGAAUGUGCAGUCAGCAGCGCUACCGCUGGAGCUGGGCACACAGCUGGGCCAGCACAACUCCCAGGAUAGCGAGCCCAGUAUUUUUACCAAAUACCAGACAAAACCACAGCUAUUUGAUGAAGAUGCAAGAGAAAAAGGUUCACUUAAUUUUGGUGCAGGACGAGUCAAAAGUGUCUUGGAAAAUUUUGAAGUGAAUAAAAACAAAAUAAAGGACAAAUAUGAUCGUGAGGUUUUAAGCACCUUUCUUUCCAGCAUCAAAGACAGGCUUCAAGGGCUGCAAGCCUGCUUGGAUAAGUUUGGAGAAAUGUUCGAUUCAAGAAACAAAUCCAUUUUGGUUCACCUGGAAACCAUUUCCAAGACAAUGCAAGAUGCUCUUCAAAGUCACUGUGACUCGGUGCUGAAAGCUCUGACAGAUAAAAGCCAAAUGGAGCAGGCGCUGCUGGAGAUGGAGCGGAGACUCGCAGCCAAAGACCUGGAGAUUUUGGAUGUGAAAUCCAGCAUCCAGCUGCUGAAGGAGAGUCUGGAGUCACUGCCAGCUAAGCUGGGAGAUCAGCACCUGAAGCUGUGUGAAGAACAAGGCUUCCUGAAGCUCCCAAACGCUGUGGCUGAGCUGCACACUCUCAUUUCCAGUGCCAGAGCCCCCCCUCACACAGCUGAUAACUCGUCCCAGACCUCCCCUUGCCCAUGCCAGGGCUGUGGUCCCGGUGAGGGGCACGUGUGCUGCCGAGGCAGGGAGUUUUGCAGCUUCUCGCGUGGGUGCCAGCCCAGCUGCGUGACAGAGGGGGAGCGGCACGGAGCCUGUCCCGUGAGGAAUCAGGGCUUUGGGGAUGGCACAUCAACGGGUGACCCAACCGCAGGGGAAGUCAGCGCUGUCACCACACCAGCGCGUGGCAGAGAAAACUCCCCUCUGCAGGUGAAAUACGGAUCGGAAACACCGAGCUGUGCUAAGCUGCCUUGUGUGUACUGCACUAACGGGCACUUUCUGGGGGGCAGCCUGACCAAGCGGUGUCCCGUAGCGCAGGAAGUGCCGCUGCCCACCCCGCUGAGGAAGGUGGUCAGGAGAGGCACUCGGGGAUUCGCCCUCGGGACACCGGCACAGCAGAGGCAGCCUCAAGCCUGCCACCUCUCUGGGACACGGGACAGUAACAGGGAGGUGGAGAGUGCGGCGAAACGGCGGCCGGGAAGAGCUCCCUGGAACAAAGCAAUGGGGAGGAAGAAAAUGUGCCCCACUGGCAGAAAAGGUCAGCUCUCUCGGUGUGCUGACGGUGGGCUGAAGCUGAGGAGGGCAAACGGGGUUACUGACUCGGAAAGCUCCAGAAAGAAUUGCUUUCCCAGAUACACAGUUGCUCUCAAUUUAGGAAGCUCUAGCCCAGUUUUUGCAGCUCCCAAUCAGCAGCUCCUCAGCAGCGCUCAGCCAAGUCUGACAAAGACUCUCCCACCAGCCCCGUGUCCCCGUAAGAGCCUGCAACAGCAGCAGCUUGUGGACAGAAGGAAGAGAUGUUUGGAAAUGAAAAGAAGAGUGAAUGUUUCCUGUGCACAAAGGAACCUCUGGGAUUCCUCUCCCCAGGAGAAUGAGUUUUCUCUGAGCAGCACAAUGAGUGGAAACCCGGGGAGCUGCUUGGGCCUGCGAGGCCCUGCGGCCUCCACCGAAGCCCAUCCUGCCAAGGUGCUGGCCCAGCACAGCACAGCCUGUUGCUCUUUAGUUUUUGAUAGUGAUUAUUCUGAUUGAAGAGGUCUG